CCUCCUGCUUCGCAGGGCAUCUUUGGGCUGAGCUACGAGCAGCUGCUGCAGUCCGAGUGGGUGAUGGACGACGCAUUGACCGUGAAGUUCGAGCUUGAAGUCCGUCCUGAAGGAGAGCCAGAUUCGAAACCCUCGACCCGCCCCGCAGAGGUUCCAGAGCCCACGAUGACCGAAGACAUGCGCGCGCUCUUGGAGGAAGGAACUUGCAGCGACGUGCGGUUCAUAGUGCAGGAGGAGGUGAUCCAAGCACACUCGCAGGUUCUCUGUGCACGAUCCGAGGUCUUCAGCAAACAGCUGACGGCAGGCCUGCAGGAGAGUGUCUCUAAAGUCAUCGUCAUCGAGGAUUCUGAUGUCGUCACAUUCAAAGCCUUUCUGCAGUUUCUGUACACCGAUCGACUGCCGGACGCCCAGGCGCUGAUUUUAGCUUCAACCUCAAGCGAAUCCGAGAACGAGACCUGUGAUCUGCAGCGGUCACCGAUUCAGGUACUCUUGGCUGUGAGCCACAAGUAUCAAGUGAAACGGCUUCAAGUAUGGUGCCAAGCAAAGCUUUCCGAAGAAAUCAAUGCAUCAACGGUCUGCAGCAUACUCGUCCAGGCACAUCUCCUCCAGGCGAAGCAGCUGGAAAAGUCAUGCCUCUCCUUCAUCGAAAUGCAUGCAGGUCAGGUGCUCUCACUGCCGGCUUACGCUGACUUGAUCAAAAAGUGGCCUCAGAUCGGGCUGAAGGUCAGCCUCUUUUUGGCAGGCGUGUCGGAGACGGAAGAGCUGGCAGCACAGGACACGUGA